AUUAACUAUUAAGUAUUGAUCGUAUUAUCAAGUAUGGUGGAUGAAAACCGAUUCAGAAGAAGAAUCCAUGAGAUAAGAGACCGAAUGAAUGCUCAGUUUCAUCGACUUCUUAAUGAAGACCCUCCAGAAGAGGAGCAGACAGCACUACUGGAUAGGUUUGAGAUGUUCCGUAAUGCAAGCGGUGGUGGACCGAUCCGUCAAAGAAGGUGCAGAGUGAGAACACCUAGACAAAUAACUUUUAAAGUUUCAAUGCUAAAAAGCGCCACCAUUUGCCAUUGUAGAUCAAACAGGGAUUUCACUCCACCCUGCCGCGUUGUGGUGCGACGUGAUCUGAAUGAAGAACAAUUCAAACAGGCACUAAGAGUUCAUUUUCCUGAUCUGCCAGAAGAUUUUGAGCUAUGCAAAGUCAACAGCCAACAACAGAUAGUCCCAUUGCAGUUGGAAAGUUUUAAUCCUGAUCAGAUUCACUCAAGAAAUGCAUUGGGUAGAUCAGCCCUGUAUAUUCGCCCGAAGGUUGACCCCACCUCUGCAAGCUUGGCCACAGGAAGCGGCAGCCAUGCAGCCCCCACCUCUGCAAGCUUGGCCACAGGAAGCCGCAGCCAUGCAGCCCCCACCUCUGCAAGCUUGGCCACAGGAAGCCGCAGCCAUGCAGCCCCCACCUCUGCAAGCUUGGCCACAGGAAGCCGCAGCCAUGCAGCCCCCACCUCUGCAAGCUUGGCCACAGGAAGCGGCAGCCAUGCAGCCCCCACCUCUGCAAGCUUGGCCACAGGAAGCGGCAGCCAUGCAGCCCCCACCUCUGCAAGCUUGGCCACAGGAAGCGGCAGCCAUGCAGCCCACACCUACACAAUCCCAGUGGAGGACUUCUAUAUAGACUCCGGAUCCGACAUUGAAGAAGUACUUCUGGCUUCUCCAGUCCGGAAUAAUAGUCCAAUUCUUGACAGAGAACUACCAGAAAUUCUUAAGGACUUUUGUGAGGACAACCUGGACUUCUAUUCUCACAUAACUGUCAUAGCAAGACGUAAAAACAUUUUAAAGAGUGCAUGUGUGGCACUGUCGAGAGGGUACUUUGAGUGGCACAAAACUCCGAAUAUAGAGUUUGUUGGAGAAAUGGCGGAAGACUAUGGGGGUCCAAGAAGAGAAUUUUUCAGACUCCUCAUGAUUGAGCUCCAAAGCAACCUUGGGAUAUUUGAGGGCAAACCUGGACAGUUGCUCUUCAGCUACGAUCAGAAGGCUCUAGAUGAAAAUAAAUUUUAUACAGCAGGAAGACUAAUGGCCUGGUCAAUAAUUCACAAUGGACCAGGCAUUAAGUGCAUAAACAAGGAGCUUUUUAUGUUAAUGUGUGGCCAGAAACCAGACCUCAGCACAUUUGAUCGUACAAAUUUCCUGGAAAAUGACCUUGUAGAAAAGCUGGCAAAGGUUGUCAGAUGCAGCACUGCAGAGGAGCUGACAGAGCUAAAAAACUCCCUGGGGGACUGGAUUUGUGACUGUGGGGUACCCAACAUUUUCACAGCCUCAGUGAGUGAUCUGACCACAGUUUAUGGGCAGUUAGUAACUCACUACAUCUACCACAGAGUGGCUAGUAUGAUCCAGCAGUUUACUUCUGGGCUGAACUCCUGUGGCCGGUUGUGGGAGGUGGUGGUUAAUAAUUGGAGAGCUUUCCUCCCCCUGUUUACUACCACAAGAAGUCCACUGACAAGACAUGACAUCAGAGACCUCUUCAACAUUGUCUGGAGUUCACCAGGGAGCAACAGGCGAGACCUUGAGGAGGAGACUGUCUUCCAGUGGGAGUGCUGGCUAAUGUUGAUUCAAGAAGAAGAGGUGGGCAUUUCUUUUGAGGAUGUCCUAGUGUUUGUAACUGCAGCAGAUUCUGUCCCUCCACUAGGCUUUCAGCAAAAGUGCCAAGUGGAAUUUUAUGACCAAGAGGAGCCUACCCGAAGAAUUCCAUAUGCGUCAACCUGUGCCCUGACUCUCUACCUGCCAAGAGGUGUGUCAGAGGAAGAGGAAUUCAGGGAAUUAAUGCUCUUUGCAAUUAAAGGAUCUCUCGGAUUUGGAAAAGUAUAAACGUCACCUUUUUUUUUUUCUUUCAGCUCUGUUAAAAAUUGUGGGGCAAGAUCUGAAUGUAUUUGACUGUUAAAUAAUAAAUCAGAAAACAAAUUUGGUGUGGAAACUUGGCACUUUUAUUUCACCAACAUUCCAGAAGACCUAAACACAGACAUUGAUUCACAUGACCUAAAAUUAAAAUGACUACUACAACAUCUUAACAUAUUUACAUAUUAAAAUAAUGACUAUUAAAGUCAUUGCCACAAGCAGCACUUAUUUGGGUCUAUAAAAAUGUAAAAACAUGACCAACUUUCCCAAAAAAAAAUUUGUAUGUUUUGGGGACAGUUUUUUUUUUUUUUUUGGAGUCAAGAAAUAAAAACAUGAAAGUAAUAAUGUAUAACGGGACAUACUCUAAACAAACUUGAAAAGGUUAGGUCUAUGUUUUGUCCAUUUAAUGAAAGUGAACCAGUUUCAUCUGUUGGCCCAGCUCUUCUGCCAAAUAUUUUUUGCAUAAUUUAUUGCAUAAUAAGUUGGAUCCUUGAUGACUCUACAAGGGGAAAGAAUAAAUGUUUUACUGAGAAGUUCUUAAAAAGCAUGAAUUCAUUUUAUACCAUUUCUUUAAACCAGUGGUUCUCAAACUUUUUAUACCAACCACUUCAGAAAAUAUUUGGCUCUCCAAGCAGCACCAUAAUGAGCAACAUUACAUUUCAGCAGCGUAGGCCUAACUAUUCAGCUACAGCUCUGCACAGUUUUACACGAGGCAGUUUUAUUUAUUGUUGUCAGCCACUUCAACAUUGUAAAUACACAGUUUGAGCAUUAACACUGUACUGUGCUUACAUACCGGUAAAU